AUGGCGUGCUCUUGCGCUGGAGGCGAAUACUCAUUUUGGGUCAUCGCGUCAGUCAAGAAGACCACCCAACACCUGGUGGUCAGACAUGCAGAAAGAGAUCCGGAAAGAGAACCUGAGUACGCAGACAAGCCAGAACAGAGCACUCUGGCGCAGACAUACAAGGAGGCCCGACCCCAGAUAAACUGGGAAGAGGGACAGGCAAAGAAGAAGAAGCUUAAUAAGGAAAUGAAGCCAUUUUUAUUUUUCACUGCGUCGGACCCAGGUGUGGUGGUGCUCCGCCCCGAAGCACUGACCCGCGACUCGGACUCGGACGAGACCGACGACUGCGGCCCGCCGUCGCCUCUCGCCGUGCACUUCAUUAACGACAACGUGUUGAUCAACGGCCGCUCGUCCAUGCCCGGCAAGGUUGACCGCAGCCGCGCCGCCCGGCUCAAAAUCCAAUUCGAUGACUCGCUGACUCGCACGUUUGAGUAUCCGUCGGAAACCUCGCUGUGUGAGGACUCGCCGCAAUCGUCCGCCCAACCGCCUCAGCCCGCCCACCAGGCCGCUCUGGGCUCCAACACUCAUAUAGUGUACUCGCGGCGCGUGGUGGUACUCCGCUUGGCGCCCGCCAUCCCUGACGAGACGUUCGUGUGA